AUGUCACGGCCCCGGCCAACCAGCGCGUGUCUCUUACGGCGCCCCACGGCGCCUUGUGCACAAAGUCUGAGCGCAUUUUCCCAUCUGAUCAUUGCUACACGCACCAUUGUGCAGUCAAACGUGACGGGAGGCGUCCGAAGUCUCCUGGACCAGUUUGAGACCCGACAACUCAUCACCCGGCUGAGGCGUAACCGCAACGGCAACUACUACCGCUUCCGUCAGAAGCUCUGGCCUUCGCAAGAGGCGCUUGAGAAGGAGCUGACAGAGAUCACGUACAGCCCGGUGGAGCGGCAGCCGUUCGCGUUGCUGCCGCAGCGCGAGGCACCGCGUCAGGUGUUCGCCUGUGAAGGUCGCGGCGGUACAACGCUCCUUGAAGCGGUGCAGGCAGAAGUACGAGGGGCGAGCGCCUCAGAGAGCAGCUCGACUCCGGCAGCUGUGUCGUCACUUUCGAACCAAAGUGAGUUGUGUGACGAUAAUGGCUCACUUGACUUCAUGGCGAGUCUGCUUCGAGCAGAUCAAUCUGUAGGCAGCAAGAUCAUCACGGAGGCGGACGUGGAGGGCACCGUUCUCGAGUCUGCUCGCUUUCGCGCUCAGCAGAUUCUUGCAAGCGAUCUCACUUGCAACGCCGUCAGUGUCUCCCCCUCCACUGCCGUCUGGCUUCGCAAGCCCGCCGAGUCCACCGACGCGGCGGGAACUUCCUGGUCAGCACUAGGCUUGGACCCGCUCAUUAGCUCCGCUGCUGAACAGGUUUACGGGCCAGUGCCUACGCGUCUGCAGGCCCGUCUGCUACCUGCCCUACUCAACGAGGAUCACAACGACGUGCUCUUCAACGGCGUCACAGGUAGCGGCAAAACGUCGGUGCUCGUGCUGGGUCUCCUGCAGGGCAUCCGCAGCGAGGCCGCUGGGAUGAACGUCCUUGUGGCGGCAAAUACAAUCAACGCCAUGCGACUGCACGACACAGUCAAGGCGCUCUGUAGGCGAGCAGGCGGCGGUGUCAUGGUCGACCGGCCUGCUGACGACUACUCCUGGCUCUUUCUCGGCACUUACAGAGAGGACUAUGACUCCUACUACGAGCAUCUUCGACGCGGGCUACGGCGUGCGACCGGGCCAGCUCGGCUAUUCAUCACGACCGCCGACGUCAUGUGUCAACUGCUGUUUGAGAAGAAAAUGGAGUUUGAGGACUUUGGCUACCUGCGACGCGUCUACGUGGACGAUAUCGGUGCGCAGGUACCCUUGCUGCCGGAGAGUGCCUCUGUAGCCGUGGUGCGGGAACGACUGCGCAACCCGCUGGCUGCGGAACUGCUGUUGGGGACGCUGCAUCAGCUGCCUGGCCCCCACGUUAGGUCGGUACUGCAGCUCGGUAUGGUCUCCGCUGACGUGGAUGGCAAACUAAAGGAUCAUCUGCAGGCGCUGUGCAUGAAACCCGUGGCCCAGACGACGGUGCUGUCCACCGUCCGCGUCCCCUCCACCGUGCACUGCCUUUUCUCCUUCUUUCUCGGUCAUAAGGAGGAUCGCUUCACGUACCUUGUGCGCCUCCUGUGGAAUGCGCGGGAGACGAUUCCUGGCCGCGCUAUCCUCUUUGUUCCGGACGCCGAGGAUGUUCUCAGUGCACGGCGGCGACUCCGCGGACUUGGCGCAGAUGUCAAGAUCUUCUCGGAGGUACACGGGGACAACAAGUUCAAGGGCAACUGGAAGUUUCUGCUCUUGAGGGAAUCGGAGGCGUUCGGCGUCGACUUGCCCCUCGUCUCGCACGUCUUUAUCACCUUCGUGCCGACUUCGUGGCAGCGCUUCCUGCAUAUGUGCGGGCGCACCGGUCGCAUGGGCAACCUUGGCUGGGUCUACGUGGUGAGCGACAAGCAAGAAGCGAAGAGCAUUCGCGAGGUUGCCGAGGCGCUCUCAGUAGACUUCUGCAAUCAUGUUAUCAGUGAUGACCUUCAGCAGGUUCGACCCGCGGACGUGGAGCGCUUCACGAAGAAGCCCGAACUUUAUGGUCUUGAUCCUCAAUUCGCCGUGCGACAGCACUACACCGUGCAAGCCGAGAACCCAGAUAUAGCGUACCGCAAGCGCGAGUUCUUCUCCAAGCCAGCCAUCAAGCAGUUUCAGAUGGAGGACUACACCUCAACCCCGAUCAAGCAGCGUCGCUUCGAUCACGCUAGGCAGCUGUCGCAGGAUGUGGAGCGGAAUCCAUCGAUUGUGCUUGACAUGCAGAAGAGAGGGCUUCUGGACGCGCAACUCAAACCGACAAAAACGCUAAAGCGAUACAUGGACAGGAAGACGCAUAGAGAGGCACCCGACCCCUUCGAGAAAGGGCGAAAGCGCCGUCAGUGA